AUGAUUUUCGGAGGAUUCCAUAUAUCUCAAGGAGCUCUGAAAAAAUCGAAAAUUGACAAAAAUUUUAUAAGGGAGAUAAUUCCUAAUGUUACGAUUGGGAAACCUAUUAACCACGGGAAUAAGUAUCAUUUAACAAUCUUCAAUAAUACAAUACUCCAACUCAUCUUUUAUCACGAUGUUAGAUCAAAAGACGAGUAUUUUACACCAGGGAAUGUUCGACAUUUCAUUGGGCAAUACAGAUACAGUCUAUUAUCUGAUCUUGAAACAAAGCCAUAUUACAAAAUAAAUGAUAAAUACGAAUUUCUGAUUCAUUAUCCAGAAUUAACCGGUAAUAGUUACAAUUGGUGGCGACAGAAUCUUUCACCCACAAUACAAACCGAAAAUGAAACAAAAUCUAAUGAAAAUGACCACUAUGUUCUUGGAUAUGAAAAAAUUGAUGUCCAUUUCACUGACCUUAAUUGGGGUGGACUUAGUUUAUCAAGAACUGAUUAUGGUUCUUACAUAAAUGGCGACAUCAAUCAUCCUGAGUGGCAUUAUGCAAUUGGAUGUUAUGGAACUCACGAAAAAGGAAUUCUUGGGCCAAGUGCUUUUGCACGUUAUUCAAGCUGGGUUGCUCUUUAUGCAAGGAUUAAUGACUUAAACAUGAUAAAAUGCGAAACAUUUAGAAAUUAUCUAUAUUCAUUCUUGAAUUUAAAUACCAUUUUGUUUGUUUUUGUAUUACUUUAA